ACUCGAGAAGGACGCACGCACGCACGCAGCUCAAAAGUUCUCUCUCCUCCCAGGUCUGUAGCGCGCUUUUGUGUCCUGUCUCGCGCGUCCUCCGCCAUGGAUUCUGUUUAGUUGUAGUUUUUUUUUUUUGGUUGUUUUUUGUUUUAAACUAAAUGUGAAUCCGCUGGACAGCACAGCACUGACAGCGGAGUGGACAAACACCAAAUAUGCCCGUGACUGGAGCGCGCUGUUGGCGAGGCGUCCCUCACAUCGCCACUGGGAUUGUGCCGUCGUGAUGUUCAAUACUUCGGGAAUUGAGCUCACUUUUAACAAGAAAGAGGAUAUUUCCGAAGUUAUCAAUGGCUCUUUGCAGCUUUUGUACAACGUCCUGGUCACCAUUAGUCCCACCGCCAUGUGGAACGAAUCUUGCGGGGAACAGUUACUGGAUUUCGGGCGCCCGGAGAAGAUCAUUAUUGGGGUGUUGCUGGCGAUGAUCACGGCUGUCACGGUCAUGGGGAACACGCUGGUGGUGAUUGCCGUGUGCGUAGUGAAGAAACUGAGGCAACCUUCCAACUAUCUGCUGGUGUCUUUGGCAGUGGCGGACCUGUCAGUUGCCAUAGUUGUGAUGCCAUUUGUCAUAGUCACAGAUCUGACCGGGGGAAAGUGGCUCUUUGGAGAAGUCUUCUGCAACAUCUUCAUCGGCAUGGAUGUAAUGUGCUGCACUGCCUCCAUCAUGACUCUGUGUGUCAUCAGCGUUGACAGGUACCUGGGGAUCACGCGCCCUCUCACGUACCCGGCGCGGCAGAACGGGCAGCUCAUGGCGAAGAUGAUUGUGGGAGUGUGGCUGGUGUCUGCCUCCAUCACACUGCCCCCUUUCUGUGGCUGGGCUAAGAACGUCCACACCGCCGGAGUGUGCCUCAUUAGCCAAGACUUUGGCUACACUAUCUACAGCACAGCAGUCGCCUUCUACAUCCCCAUGCUGGUUAUGCUGGUCAUGUACUACAAGAUCUUCAGGGCAGCCCGUAAGAGCGGGGCUAAGCAUCGCUUCACCGACCUGUCCCGCCGUGAGCGCCUGGAAACAGUGACUAAUGAGGCGCUCCGCAUGCAGGGCCUAAAGCCCCCCGGGGUGGCUGAGGAGUGUGCUGCCCUGUCCCGCCUGUUGAACCGUGAGCGUAAAAACAUCUCCAUCUUCAAGCGGGAGCAAAAGGCGGCCACCACUCUAGGGGUGAUUGUGGGGGUGUUCGCCGUGUGCUGGCUGCCCUUCUUCAUCCUGUCCACAGCGCGGCCCUUCAUCUGUGGGGUGGAGUGUAGCUGUGUGCCCAUCUGGUUGGAACGCACCCUGCUUUGGUUGGGCUAUGCCAACUCUCUCAUGAAUCCCUUCAUCUAUGCCUUCUUCAACCGGGACCUGCGCUCCACGUACCGCGACCUGCUCCGCUGCCGCUAUCGCAACAUCAACCGCCGCCUGUCUGCUGUGGGCGUACACGAAGCUCUCAAAGUAUAACAGGGUUACAUGACACAGUGCCCCUGCAGUGCCCUCUGGGGCUAAAAGGCCAUCCUGUAGAUAGACUGAGAUCAGACUGGACACUCUGGAAGUGUCUCUGCGUCCUCUGCACUGGCCAUCGCGUGGUGUAUCUUUCUAAGAUGGAGCGUUACAGUAAAUAGAUGAUGAGCAAGUCAACUUUGUGCAACUGCCACACUUUUUUGUCUCUACAGUAUUAGCUGAAUAAUAUAGUGACAAAGGAAUGAUAUAUAAACAUAUUCAAACAGCAGAGCUCUGUAGAGAGAAGCAGUGUGGAAAUAAUGUCUGUAAAUUACCCAAAAGGACAUUUUGUUGUGGCACAGUUUCAUCGGAAUAUGCAUUAUAUAUUUAAUUUGGAAGUAAACACUUGAAGAGUGCUACUGUUCAUAUCUGUCCAUUGCCUUUUACUUUCUACUCCACACUUUGACAACAUGUAGAUGCCAAUGUAAAAGGGGAGAAAUUAAAAGUUGUGCCAUUAAAACACCUUGUGGUUUGGUGUCUGCAUGAAACAUAUUUGUUAGUUAAGGCGCUGUAAGCAAAAGUUAAAUUUUGUGAAAAGCAAAUGACAAUUGAACUCACCACGAACUGUUGUGAGAAACCUUUCACUCAGUGUCAUCCCACAGUUGGCUUUUUAUUUUAUUUUUCUCACUAAAAACAUGUUAACCACACAGAAAAGCUGCUGUUGCUUUAAGACUCCAUUCUUAUAACAGUAUUUGAAAGAAGGUGAUGUCCAAUUGAAGUUUUAGUGAGUAUUUAUAACGUCAGUGGUUUGACAGUGUGUACUUUCUACCUCAAUUUUGGAGACUUCUUUACCAUUGCUCUGAAAAGAUAAACUGCUAUCUUGGAUUGUUUUGUGAUAUAUCUUUUACAACCUAAUUCAGAAAAGCUGGGGCACUAGUAAAAAUACCAACAUUUUAUUCACAAUAAAACAUAAACACAAACUUUGAAAUGGUAGACAUCCUGCUGCCAAUGCUGAAAAAAUGUGCUAUUAUUGUACCAUAUGAAAUAUAUUUAUAUGCUUUUCAGCAGGAAUUGUUUAUGCUAUUUCUAUUGGCUUCUUAUUCAGUGCCCCUACGUUUUUGAAUUUAGGUUGUUAUUGUGUGUCAAGUCACUCUUCUUCAAAAGGCUAGUUGGUCUGGUUUACUGCCUU